AUGAGUGAAACAUGUUUAGAAGGAUGUGCAGCAAAAACUCAAACGGUUGGGUUUAUUCCGGGUGUAAUACUUUUUAUCUGUUUUGUUGCAGCUAUUGGAGCUGCAUUAGGUAUUGUGCUUACAGCAGAUAAAUAUUAUCCAAGUCAAUCAAUAUCUUCAAUCAAUACUUUCACAUCAACUUAUGUACCAUCCACUAGUCGUAAUAUUAUUUCUACUUCCAGUGUCAGUAGAUAUAUCACCGCAGCUAUGAUUACAACUCCUGCAACUACAAUGAAAAGUGGGUGGUCAAAUACUGGAAGUAUGAAUUCUACUCGAUAUGUUCACACAGCAUCUAUAUUAGCAAAUGGAAAAAUUUUAGUUACAGGUGGACAGAAUUUUUUUGAAGGCGUUUUGAAUAGCGCUGAAUUGUAUGAUUCAUCGUCGAGAAUAUGGACAUCGACUGGAUCUAUGAUAUCUCGUAGACUAUUCCAUGCAGCGUCUCUAUUAUCAAAUGGAAAAGUAUUAGUUACCGGCGGCCGGGAUUCUCCUAAUAGUUUCAAUAGUACUGAGUUAUAUGAUCCGUCUACUGGAGUCUGGAUACGUACUAGCAAUAUGAUUUAUGCUCGAUCAAGUCAUACAGCAUCUGUAUUAACAAAUGGUAGAGUGCUGGUUGCUGGUGGAUAUAAUAAUAGUAACAGUCUGAGAAUAUGGACACUUACGGGAAAUAUGAAUUAUGUUCGAUCAAGUCACACAGCAUCUGUAUUAACAAAUGGAAAAGUAUUAGUUAGUGGCGGAUAUGUUAAUGGGAUAAGAAUCAAUAGUGCAGAGUUGUAUGAUCCAUCAACAGGAGUAUGGACAGUCGCUGCAUCUAUGAAAUAUGUUCGAAAUGACCAUACAGCAUCCGUAUUAGCAAAUGGACAAGUGUUAAUUGCUGGUGGAUUAAAUGGUACCGAUGUUUUGGAAACCACUGAGUUAUAUACACCAUAA